UAAUAAUUCUCAAAUCAAAGUUUCAUCGGAAAACAUUUAUUAGAUUCGGUUUGUUUGGUUCACUACUACUGAAAAAUGGUUUCUAAGGAAACCUUACUCAUCCUAGGCCUCUUGGCCAUGUUUGCUCUGAAAUCUUCUAACGUCACAGCUAGGGAUCUUGCGGAGACUUCCAAAAUGCCUAUAACGGUUGCUAAAGAGAAAAAUGAGGUGGGUGGUGUGAAAUAUGGAGAAAAUCCAAGGUUUGAAGGCGCACUUGCUGGUGUCUGUUCAACAGAAAAUUGCUUAGGAAGUUGGGGUAUCCCUUUUGGUUCAGGAUGGUGGCCUGGGGGUGGUGGUGGUGGUGGUUACGGUGGCGGAGGUGGUGGUGGUUACGGUGUCGGAGGUGGUGGUGGAUACGGUGGCGGGACCGGAGGUGGUCCUUACAGUGGCGGCGGACCUGGAGGCAUACCUGGAAGAGGUAUGCCUCCUGGUACCGGACCUGGAGGUGGGUACGGUGUCGGGCCUGGAGGUGGUGGCUAUGGUGUUGGGCCUGGAGGUGGUGGCUAUGGUGUUGGGCCUGGUGGUGGUGGCUAUGGUGUUGGGCCUGGUGGUGGAGGGCCUGGAAGUGGUGGGCCUGGCGGUGGUGGGCCUGGCGGUGGAGGGCCUGGUGGUGGUGGGCCUGGGGGUGGGGGCUACGGUGGGGGGCCUGGAGGGGGGGGCUACGGUGGGGGGCCUGGAGGUGGUGGCUACGGGGGGGGGCCUGGAGGGGGGGGCUACGGUGGGGGGCCUGGAGGUGGUGGCUACGGGGGGGGGCCUGGAGGGGGGGGCUACGGUGGGGGGCCUGGAGGUGGUGGCUACGGGGGGGGGCCUGGAGGGGGGGGCUACGGUGGGGGGCCUGGAGGUGGUGGCUACGGGGGGGGGCCUGGAGGGGGGGGCUACGGUGGGGGGCCUGGAGGUGGUGGCUACGGUGGUGGGCCUGGAGGUGGGGGUUACGGUGGGGGACCUGGAGGUGGUGGAUACGGCGUUAAGAGCUAUCCCGGAAACCAUAAGUAG